CCGACGAUAUUGAGUUCGUUGACUACCCAGGCGGCGGAGCCAGUAUCUCUGCAGGCCGUACCCUAAUCAUUGCCUUCGCGAAUCCCAGCCUCUUGCCACAAAGAUCUUCUCCAUUCCCAACUCACCUUAACUCAUUCAACUUCCGGCUGCUCCUCUCUCUCCCACCACUGCAGGUUCUUCCCUCCUCCAAAUUGUGCUGUGACUGCUCAAACGAAUUCCUAGACAUGGAAACUGAGGAUAUAAUCAACCUAUCUACUUCUAGUGUUUCUGAAAUUGAAGACAAUGAAGAUUAUAAUUGCAAACCAAAUUUGACUCCUCUGCCUGGAGAAGCCAAUUCUAUGGAUGAGGGUGCAAAUGGAGAAAUUCCUGAAAAUGAUGGAAGUGAAGGAGACCAACUAUGUAUGGCUACAAAUGAUGGCAUGGAUUUGGACAAUAGUCAUUCUACCUUUCAAGAUAGUGUUAAAUUGACUGAAACUGUUGUUCUAGCAGAGAAAGUGACUUCCUUCAGCUCUGAUGUGUGUGGUGAGAAUGGCUGUCUAACUGUUCAGGAUGCAAGCAAUAUUGAUCACCCCAAGGGUUAUCAACAGCAUGACAGGAGCUCAAAGAUUGAUCCAAGUGCACUAUCUGGUGUCAAAAGACGAAGAACAACUGUCGGAGAGGAGCAACCAUCAGUUUGCGUUAUUUAUAAUAAUCUAACCAGAGAGAGUAAAUAUAAGCUUGAGGAGCUAUUGCAGCAAUGGUCACAAUGGAGUGCUGAACAGAGUCCUUCAUUACUUGAUGAAGAAGUGUUAGAAUCUGGUGAGGAGACUUACUUUCCUGCUCUUCGUAUUGGCCUGGAUAAGCCUUUUGCUGUGUCUUUUUGGAUGGAUGACCUACAAAGGAAGAAAAAGAAUAAGGACUUCACCCCAUUUGAUGCAAACUCUGUCCCUCUUUAUGACCGUGGAUUCUCAUUUACUUUGAGUUCAACAGAUGGUUCAAGUAAUUUGGAAGGAGGAUUGCAAGUAGUUAAUGCUUCUCGUUGCUUCAAUUGUGGUUCCUAUAGCCACUCGCUGAAGGAUUGCCCAAAGCCCCGUGACAAUGCUGCUGUCAAUAUUGCAAGGAAUCAGCACAAAUUGAAACGAAAUAAAAAUGCAGCUAAUCCUAGUCGGUAUUAUCAAAGUUCUCAGAAGGGAAAGUAUGAUGGUUUAAAGCCUGGUGUUCUUGAUCCUGAAACACGAAAACUUUUGGGCCUUGGGGAGCUUGAUCAACCUCCAUGGCUUCACAGAAUGUGGAAAAUAGGAUAUCCACCAAGCUAUCUAGGUCCAGAAGAUGAGGAUUUGCCCUCAGGAAUCACGAUAUAUGGUGAUGAUGAAAUUAAGGAAGAAACUGAGGGAGGGGAAAUUCUUGAGAACUCUGCAGAGCCACCUAAGGCAAUAAGCAUUGAAUUUCCAGAUAAGGCAGCAGGGCCCUCAAGUAUUACAGCUUCAAGAACUCAUUCUUCCAGCAGCAGAAAUAAGUCAAAUAACCAUAUGUCAGAUACUGUAUAUAGAGGCCAUUAUCUUGAGCAGCACAGGUCUAGGGAUACUAGUUUUGAAUUCGAGGGUCCUACAAGGCAGCGGUUUAGGGGUAUUGAAGGUGAAGGCCCACACCGGCAUUUUAGUGGUAUUGAAGGUGAAGGUCCUCCACACUGGCAUUUUAGUGGUAUUGAAGGUGAAGGUCCUCCACACCGGCAUUUUAGUGGUAUUGAAGGUGAAGGUCCUCCACACCGGCAUUUUAGUGGUAUUGAAGGUGAAGGUCUUCCACAUUGGCGGUUUAGGGAUUUUGAAGGCAAAUGCGCCCCACGCUCACAAUUUGAGUUCAACAAUGAAAGACCUCCAGCAGGCUACGAACUUGACCCUGCGUUCAUCCCAUUGUCUUACAGAUACCGGGAUUAUGACUCCAUUAGCGGUCCAAUGGAUGGUUUCAGAAGAUCAUUGUCAGACAGAUUUAGAAGAAGCCCACUAGUAGACAACCAUACUUUCUACGACACUUGGUACCCAAGAUAUUGACAACCAUUUCUUUGCAGAGAUGGUGAAAGGAUCUUUAUGGAUACAUACAAAGUAUUCUUUAACACAGUGGCAGACACCAAGGAUGUUAUACCUCAUUCAUUGCCACAGGUGAAUAAAACAGAGGAUUUAAGGGUGUGCUUAAAUUAAGCUAUUAUAUGUACCUGUAAGAUUCAUUAUUGUAGCAUUGUUGUUGAAGAUUUCCUUAGUAAUGAGGUGUAUGUUGUAACAUUUUCCUUGUGUUGAUGCCUAAUAUAAUGUUUGACUUCUUUCACAUUUUUCCUUUCA